GGCCUUGUUCCUGUUGCCCCCACACCUGUUCGUCGAAGCUAGCUCCACUCGGUCGUGCAAUCGCGACCGAGUACAAAAGGAUGGACGCCUCCCUUGCCCGGCCGUAGUCGCCGUCGACGAGGGAGCGUCCGCGUCCGCAUCCCCGUUUGCUCGAUUGCGCCCGGGCUCUCGGGUUGUCUCGAGCCACAGCAGGUAUCCGCCUGCCGCCGCUCCUCUCUGCCGCAUCAAUUCAAUUGGUGUGUGGGAGCAGGGCUUGAGAUUCUCAGCAAUUGACACCGGUACCAAGUUGCUGCUAGUUCUCUUGUACAGAUAUGGCCAUAUCUGGAGGGUCCCCGUAUGCAGCAAUCCUGCUUCUUCUGUGCAUUUUCCAGGUGGAUGUCGUAAGGGGACAAAGCACUGACCCUAUUGAAGCAAAUGCUCUCAAUGCUAUCAAAGCCAGGUUAAUUGAUCCUAUAAACAACCUUAAGAAAUGGAAUAGAGGAGAUCCAUGCACAUCAAACUGGACAGGAGUCAUCUGCCACAAGAUACCCGGUGAUACAUAUCUUCAUAUAACAGAGCUGGAGUUGUUUAACAUGAAUCUUUCUGGAACUUUGGCACCGGAGGUUGGUGUCCUGUCUCAGCUGAGAAACUUGAAUUUUAUGUGGAACAAUUUGACUGGUAACAUUCCAAAAGAGAUAGGCAAUAUCACAACACUCAAUCUUAUAGCUUUGAAUGGUAAUCAGCUAUCCGGUUCCCUACCAGAUGAGAUUGGCUAUCUCCAGAACUUAAACAGAUUGCAAAUCGACCAAAAUCAAAUAUCUGGACCCAUACCUAAGUCGUUUGGUAAUUUAACAAGCGUGAAGCAUCUUCACAUGAACAACAAUUCAUUAAGUGGGCAAAUUCCAUCUGAGUUGUCCAGAUUGCCUGAGCUCCUUCAUCUGCUGUUGGAUGCCAAUAAUUUGUCUGGACCUCUUCCUCCAAAAUUAGCAGAGACACCUAGUUUGAAAAUACUUCAAGCUGAUAAUAAUAACUUCAGUGGAAGUUCCGUCCCUGCUGGAUACAACAACAUACGGACACUUUUAAAGCUGAGUCUUAGGAAUUGCAGUUUGCAAGGAGUUAUUCCCGAUCUGAGUGGCAUACCUGAACUUGGCUAUUUGGAUCUUAGCUGGAACCAACUGACGGGAUCGAUAGCAGUUGAUAGACUUGCUUCAAAUAUCACCACGGUUGAUUUAUCGCAUAACUUUCUGAAUGGAACUAUUCCGGGAAACUUCUCCGGGCUGCCUAAUCUUCAGUUCUUGAACUUUGAAAGCAACUUCCUUGACACAAUUCCAGCUGCAUUUGAGCCUCCAAAAGCUGUCGUUGUACUGCUUUCUGGAAACCCCGUAUGUGACAAUCCAGCUCGAGCAGCCGGACUUUGUCAACCCAAAUCUGUAAGCGAAACACCAUCUGGACAGGGACCACAAAUUAGUAUAGGCUGUACUUCUUGCCCGACGGACAAAAAUUAUGAAUACAAUCCAUUAUCCCCUAUACCUUGCAUUUGUGCUGCGCCACUCGGAGUUGGAUUUCGGCUGAAGAGUCCAGGGAUCUCAGACUUCCGCUCCUACAAAAAAGCCUUUGAGAUGGACUCAACCUCUGUGUUGGACCUGAGUAUUUACCAGCUAUACAUUGAGCGGUACACAUGGGAGGCUGGUCCAAGGCUGAAUAUGCAUUUGAAGUUAUUCCCAAACAACACUAAUUUAUUCACUAUGUCGGAAGUUGUGCGGCUCAGGCAAUUACUUGAUGGAUGGGAGAUUACUCUGUUAGACAUUUUCGGUCCUUACGAGCUUCUCAAUUUCACGCUUGGUUCCUAUGCAGAUGAAUUCCCAGAAGCGGUGUCAUCAGGUUUAAAUAAGGGAACACUAGCUGGGAUUUUGGCAGGAACAAUUAUUGGUGCUAUUGCAGUUUCUGUGGUUGCAACAUUUUUUAUAAUGAGAAGACGCUCAAAACGUCGAAUAGUUUCGAGGCCUUCAUUACUGUCGAGGCUUUCUGUCAAGGUUGAUGGUGUGAGAUCCUUCACGUUGGAAGAAAUGGCUACAGCAACAAAUAAUUUCGAUGAUUCAGCUGAAAUUGGCCAGGGAGGUUAUGGAAAAGUCUAUAAAGGAAAUCUAGCUGAUGGAGUAACCGUUGCAAUCAAACGAGCACAUGAAGAUUCUCUGCAAGGUUCAAAUGAAUUUGUCACAGAAAUAGAAUUGCUGUCAAGAUUGCAUCAUCGUAAUUUGGUAUCUCUGAUUGGCUAUUGUGAUGAAGAAGUUGAACAGAUGCUGGUGUAUGAAUUCAUGCCAAAUGGCACUCUACGUGAUCAUCUUUCUGCAACUUGUAAAAGACAUCUGAACUUUACUCAGAGGUUGCAUAUUGCGUUGGGCGCGGCAAAGGGAAUCCUCUAUCUACACACCGAGGCAGAUCCUCCUAUAUUUCACCGUGACGUUAAGACCACCAACAUUCUACUGGACUCGAAGUUCGUAGCCAAGGUGGCCGACUUUGGUCUUUCAAAGCUUGCUCCGAUCCCGGAUGUUGAAGGAACAUUGGCAGAACAUAUCUCCACUGUUGUUAAGGGCACUCCGGGCUAUCUUGAUCCAGAAUACUUCCUAACAAAUAAGUUGACAGAAAAAAGUGAUGUUUAUAGCCUUGGUGUUGUGCUUCUUGAACUAUUGACCGGAAUGAAGCCGAUCCAGUUCGGUAAAAACAUCGUUAGAGAGGUAAAGGCAGCUUACCAAUCCGGAGACAUUUCCAGGAUCAUCGACAGCCGAAUGUCUUGGUGCCCUCCGGAGUUCGCCACGAGGUUCCUCUCGCUGGCCCUGAAGUGCUGCCAGGACGACACCGAUGCGAGGCCUUACAUGGCCGACGUCGCCAGGGAACUCGACGACAUCCGUAGCGCUCUGCCUGAAGGAGAAGAUCUCCUGUCUGUAACCUCCAUGGAGACGGGCUCCUUGGCCACACUGACUCAAUCUACGUCGAACUCCUUCAUGACGACCACCAGAGAUCAUUUCGAUUCGUCCCAUGCCUCCGGCAGCGGCCUUAUGGACAGUGGCGUCCCUUCCAGGAUGGCGGUGACUCCCCGUUAGCGCAGUCGCACCGAUGUUCUUCGCAUUGUAAAUGGGUGUGGAGGACAGUUCCUGCCGGGCAAUUUCUUCUUCUGUACAUGAAAUGGGUGUGUUGCGUGAUGUGUGUGUUGUUGCUGAUGAUGUAUGUGUUUGAAGAUCACGGGGUUUGACUAUUAUACGAGGUGUAUUUUGUAGACACUGUUGACGAGUGCAAAUGAUUAUAUUGGCUGGAAAUUCCGUUGAUUUUUCGGAGACCUGGCUAACAAAAUCGCUGGCUCUGAUAGCCACACUUACAGUGUAACACUGGUUCUGACAGAAAUGAACACCCAAAAACAGCUUACCUUGUAAAACUGCAAACCUGAGUCUGCAUACCAGCACUUGAAGUUAAUAUAUAGGCUAAGGGCAAAUACUGUAUAUAUCAGCUUCUCAAACUAUUUCCACGAGAAAAUCAAACCAAUUCCACUCGAGCUAAACUACUCUCCGGAGGAGGUCGA